UACAAAUUGAUUGUUACCAAAUUUUAUUUGCCUUGGGUUUCAUGAAGAACCUACUCAUGAAAUCUAAUGGUGAUGAAGAAGAAAGUAAUGAUACUAGUGGCUUUUGCAGCAAGGCUUUGGUUUUUCAGAGGAAUCAGAUUAAUGGAACACCAAAAGUGUUUUUGCAAUACAAAAGGAUCAGACGAACCCGAUCGAUUCGAUCUGCUUCGGAACCACAGGGAUGCAUGGACAUAUGGUGAGGAGUUUGGAAUGAUUGCAUCCUUUGCGUUGGUGGGACAGAUUCAGAUCAAUCUGAUGUCUAAAGAUGUCCUCAAUAUAUACUGUGUUGUUCAAGGAUUUGGUGAUCUCUUUGCUAGCUACACUCCUCAGUUAGAUAAUAUUGUUCUUGAAGAGAACACAAAAAAGGUCAAGGAUCCUGACUUCAAGCAUACAACUGCAUAUGAAAAUAAGGCAGCUGUAAAUGGAAGUUCUAAUGAGUUCCAUCUAUCAUGUGCACUAUGGAAGAUGUCAUCAUUCACAUAAACAAAAAAUGUCUCAAAAGCAAGCCACUGAUGUAAGUGAAAAUGAUUGAAAAAAGCGGAGGCAAUGGGAAGUAUAUCGCAUAUGAAUGUACUUUUUCUGGUUCUGCUUUGUAAUAUUAUGCUGUCAUUGGCUUUUUUCUUUUUUUUUUUUAAAUAUGUAAGAGGUUAAUUAGUUUGGGAUUUAAAAGCACUGAAGCAUUUUGGUGUGGUUAAUUAGUUUGUUGGUUUGUUUUUUUUUCCCGGUUUUGUACAUUGGACCAAACUGA